CCUGCGACCUGAAUCGUCUUCAACGUUGUCAGUCCAAUAAUGAUGAUACAACGAGUCUGAGCAGGGCGGCCUGAACAUACCGGUCAAGUGAGCCUACUAACAGCGAAACGAUUCUCCAGGUUCCAACCACUGUAUCGCUGGUGCACCACGAAUACGCUCUGUGCCAGUAGAUGAGUGAGCACUUAGCAACUUACUGUCGCGCAAAAGAGAAUCCCAAGAGGGCGGAUCGACACGGUGAUCUAAACAUCUACGCACGUCUCUGUCCGCAUGCUGCGCCGCAUUGCAAGGGACGAAGGUUGGCUGAUGCCUGCGUGUGGUUGCGCUCAGCUGCGAGGCCACGGGCACGCUCUUCGCGCCGUGCUGAAUGCGCUCCUCUUCGCGAGCACCGCACUGUUCUCCUCCCUCCGCGUCUACGCGAUCAGCCUCAAGAACGAGACGCUCUCGGGCUGACUCCCUUCGUCGUCAACCUGGUGAUACGCCAUCGUACGCUAAUCAUACUCGUUCCUCUGUGAAGAUGGCCUCUGCACGCGGACGCGCCACUACCGGGCCCGACCUCAACAGGAACAAUUUGUAA